CAAACGUUUCCCCUCCUGGGGUAUGCCCGGGUUUCCAGGGUUUAUUCAUUGCUAAUAAUUUAACAACUGUCCGUAUCAGACACAUAGUUAAUAUAUAUACAGAGCAUCUUAUCUCAGGUCAGUCUGUCAGUCUACUAAAACCAACUGCCUCCUCAGUCUGUUAGUUCCCAUGGCCUGAAGAUUCUAUAGCAGGGGUCGACAAACUCCCCCUGCUCCACACCCCAUGAGUCCUCUUCCCCCAUCUCGGUAACAUCCCUUAUAGAGCCCUCCCAUGCUACACCCCAUAGAGUCCUCCUCCCCCACUUCGGUAACAUCCCUUAUAGAGCCUCUCCCCACCCUCCAGUGCCCCACUCCAUGAAUCUUCCCACCCCACUUCGGUAACAUCCCUUACUAUAUACAAACUUUUAAUGAAUGCGGAUUUCCACAAUGAGAAUGACACCGGACUUUGAUGCCAUUGUAAAGAAAGGUGACCAGCUGCACUGUUCACAUUAAUCAAAGAGGGCGUGGAAAGGGGGUGUUAUGAAGUAACUACAGCAGAAGGAACAGGAAGUUAAGUUUCACAUCUGACACGUUCUCUCUCACUGACUUUCAAUUGAGAGGCACUGAUGAGAGCUUUAAUAAUCCUGAGUGAUGACCACAAUUAUCCUGAAACUCAUCCUUUUGACAGAGUGCUUUGGCUACUUGGCAAAUGGUACCAAUGAAUUAACAAUCAGUCAGACACCAUCAGAAAUUAAGGUAUCCACUGGAAUGUCAGCUGAAAUUACCUGUUCCUGGAAAAACAAUGAGACGGUUGAACGGUUUAGAGUAACCUGGAAAAUACAACAUCUCACCUGUAAAGAGGGCACCAGCAGAGAGCUAUCAUCAAAACUUUACUACACAGCCAAUGCCACACACAAGGAUAAGACAGUGUUAAAGAUCGAAGUUGUGAAAAAAAAUGACACUGGAAAUUACUUCUGUGAGAUAACUACGGAAAUACCUUUCAUGAAAAAAGGGCUGGGAAAUGGAACAACUCUGAUUGUUGAAGAGAAAGAAGCUGGAUCAAUGGAAAACUAUCAUUUUAUGGCAAUUCUAGCCAUCUUUCCUUUCCUAAUAACAGGCGGCUGUUUCUAUCUCUGUUACAAAAAGCAGCAGAACUCAAAAAACUCUGUUCCAGAGAGAAGGACCCAUGAGGAACAGACACUUCAGGUUACUGAAUUGGAUGAAGGAAAUGAGAUAAAUGAAGCAGAGGAGAGAAAUUCUUCUUCCUCCAACUCAUCAGAAUGGGCUAUUUCCACACUUUAUGAGUCCCUUGAUUAUUUUGCAAUGAAGCAAGAUGAAGAUAAAGAUCAAGACAACAAACACUCUGUCACUUUUGCAUCAAAUGCAGAAGAUUAGUAAAUCUCAUGACUAACAGCAGCAGCUGGGAAAUCUAGAAGAUUUGAGGAAAACAGCAAGGACCCUCCAUCCACUUUGACAUUCCAGAUUUGAAAGUUCAUAUAAUUAAUGAGAGACAGAUAAAACUGGCAAGGCCACUGAUUACAAUAACAUAACUUGCUUCUUGAUCUCCCAGCGUGCAACUGAAAUGCAGUGAAGUCUGUUUGCUUCUCCCUGGCACACCAUUGUGACAGUGAAGCGAGUAUGGUACGAGAAGUAAGGUUGGUUCAAAAUAAUGGAGAAAAGUAUUUUUGUUAUUGACUUUCAUGCAAAAUUCCCGGAGUCUUUUGUUGUUGCUGUUUUAAAAGUUUGAUAUCUCCCUAUAUGCUUGGGGGGGUUAUUGUCAUGUAGUGGCUUCUCUACCCCCAGUUCCUAGUGUGCAGGAGUAAACAUAGCGAUGUGCAAUCAUUCUGUAAGCAUUUGCCAGACUGAAUACCAUUGAACCAUUAAAAGUGUUGCUUCAGGCAAUGGACAAUACAUGAUGGUUUAGAGGAAGGUGGAGAAAAACCCCACACUGAUAAUCACCCAGAUAGUUGGGCAAUACUGUGCAUAGGAUGAAAUCCUUCCUGACCACUGAGGGGGAUCACCAGAUGCACUGAAGCAUGAGAUUUCAUUACCCUAUCUUAGCAUGAGUGAGUUUGCAGAACAGCAUGACAUCCUAUAUAGAAUAUGACAGUUAAUGUAUUAAAGAAGCUAGCUAGAGCCUUUCUGAGUAAAGUUAUUCUCCUACGUAUGCUAAAUAUUAUCUCACAGUUUAAAUAUUAUACAUAAUAAAAGCUAAUUAUAACCCACUUUGUGGGGAUAAGAUUUGGGGUGCUGCCGGUUUUCUCCCACUCCGACAACCUCAAAAAUAAGCACUGAAAAAUUGUCCAAAAACUAAACACAAGAUUAAAAACUGACUUCCUAAGGAGGCAAACAUUAACAGCAAACAUACGCAGAGGCUAAUAUUUUAGGCUUAUUAAAAACAAGAGAAAGUGGCUGAAACAUCAGCGUGUUUGUAUAGCAAUCUUUUUUGUCUGCUGUUAAGGUUCAUUCUGUGGACAGGUGGACAGUGGAUUAUUUUCCCAACAGUGGGCACAGGUAAGCAGACUUCAUCAUUAUGUAAGAGAGUGCUAAUCCAGACGGUCCUGGAGGGUGCCAGCAAACACAGACUGGCUUUUCCAAACUGUCCAGGAAUGGCUCUGACACUAAAUCUUUUCAGUGAAUAUGGAAUGGGUUCCAAGUAUUUUCUGUGUGUAGCUAAAUGUGUAGAGUGAGAGAGACAGGGUGUCAAUUGGCAACAGUGCAUCUCUCUGUCUAUCAGUAAAUCUAAAUCUAUCUGUAUUUAACUUGUAUGUAACUAAAAUCAGAUUUUCUUAGUUAUUUCUCUUCUCUUUUUGUUAAAUUUAAAUCAU